CAAAGCACUGCUGCCACCGGCCCCGCCCCCCCCCCCUCCGUGCUCCGGAGCGGCUCCCUCAGGGAUCUGAGGCUCUCAGUUUUUAGCGGUGCACCUCUGGCCCUGUGGACGACCUGCACAGGAAACGCCGUGGGAGCAUCCACCAUGAGCGAGUUCUGGUUGUGUUUCAACUGCUGCAUUGCGGAACAGCCCCAGCCGAAGCGACGGAGGCGUAUCGACCGAAGUAUGAUCGGAGAGCCGACAAACUUCGUUCACACAGCUCACGUAGGAUCAGGAGACCUCUUCAGUGGCAUGAACUCUGUGAACUCAAUUCAGAACCAAAUGCAGUCGAAGGGCGGAUACGGGGGGGAAGCCAUGCCCGUUAAUGUCCAGAUGCAGCUGGUGGACACAAAAGCUGGAUAACCUGUACAGAGAUUGUGUGUGCGACCACUCCUCACGCAACAUGCGGACAGUUUUGCACUCCACCGGAAUGAGGCUUCCUCGCCCGCCAGACACACUCCUCCCAUCGGCUCUGAAGACCAGGAGCUCCCGCUUCCACCUCCUCUCGGUCCAGCUCUGUCAGACGCUAGCAUGACCCUCAUUUCUGCAAGUGCAAGUGUAACGCUUAUUCUGUGAUUUGCCGUGAGCAAUUGUGUUAGUUGUUUUUCUUUUCUUUUUUUUUUUUAUUGUCGAUGUCUGAAGGUCUGGAACCUGCAAGUACAAAUGUUCUUGGUUUUUUUUUUUAUUUACAAAAUAUUUUAAAGUUUUUUUUUUUU